UGGUAGGGUCUCUUGAUGGGAAAAUCCGUUUGUAUUUAACCAAUUCUAUGAGACAGGCAAAGACAGCUUUUCGAGGCCUUGGGUCGCCUAUCACUCAUGUUGAUGUUACCUUUGAUGGGAAGUGGAUAUUGGGAACAACUGAUACCUGUUUGAUUCUUAUCUGCACCCUUUUCACUGACAAGGAUGGCAAGACAAAGACAGGUUUUAUUGGGCGUAUGGGGAAUAGGAUUGCAGCCCCAAGGUUGUUAAAGCUGACUCCUCUGGAUUCGCAUUUAACUGGGGUUAAUAAAAAGUUCCGUAAUGCUCAAUUUUCAUGGGUCACAGAGAAUGGGAAGCAGGAGCGCCAUCUGGUUGCAACAGUAGGCAAGUUCAGUGUAAUAUGGAACUUCCAACAAGUGAAGAAUGGAUCUCAUGAAUGCUACCAUAAUCAGUAGGGUCUCAAGAGGUGCUACUGUUAUAAGAUAGUCCUUAAGGAUGACUCCAUUGUUGAUAGUCGUUUCAUGCACGACAAGUUUGCUGUCACUGAUUCUCCCGAAGCUCCACUGGUUAUUGCCACUUCCUUGAAAGUCAGCUCGCUCAGCAUAUCCAGCAGGCGAUGAUGAUGACAUGCUCAGAUACAACUCUUU